CAUAUCUCCCGCAAGAUAUUUUCUCUCUCUUAACAAUCAAUUCUUUCUUUUGACCCCCUACACACAUUAUUUAUUAAAAAAGAUUCAAUUUUUUGAUAUUUUGUCCUUCGCAGGCAGCCAGCCAACCAGCCUUUCUCUUUAUAAAAUUAAACUUCCUUCUCACUUUCGUUUCGUUUCUUUAUGAUUUGAUCUUUGGUGGCAGGUUGUCACACAACAACGAAAAAUAAAACAAUGGAUGGAGAAGGAGGAGGUUCCACAGCCGGAUCUUCGUGCUACUACUCCGUUCUUGGCAUCCGGAAGGACGCCUCCUUCUCUGAUAUUCGGUCCGCUUAUCGUAAACUCGCCAUGAAGUGGCAUCCGGACAGGUUUGCGAAGAAUCCAGGGGUGGCGGGAGAAGCGAAACGGCGAUUUCAGCGGAUCCAGGAAGCUUACUCUGUGCUUUCCGAUGAGACUAAACGGUCAAUUUACGAUGCCGGGCUGUACGAAGAUGAAGACGAAGACUUCUAUGAUUUCAUGCAAGAGAUGAUCUCCAUGAUGAACAGCGUAAAAGACGAGGGAGAUAGUUUUGAGGACCUUCAGAGGAUGUUCGUGGAGAUGGUAGAUGGAGAUACUAUCAGCUGUGAUUUUAAAGUGGAUCAAGCGGACACAAAGAGGGCACGUGUCAACACAGCGAAUGGUAAACGCAGCAGUUCAAGAUGCUGAUGAUCGCAUCAGAUUUGUUUGUUCUAAUCUCCUAAUUCUCCCCUAAUUUAAAGAGAAUUGAAUUGAUUGGGGCAUCAAAUUAAGAGACCCUUUGUCCUUGCUUAUAAUAUUAUGCAAAUUUAUUUUAAAUAUAUAAAUUGGGAUUAUUUAUUUGUGUUA